AUGGUAGGAGAUGUCGUUCUCUGGUUGGUUGAUUUGAUGUGUUUGAGGUUAGGACUUGGGGUGUAUUUGUUGGGGGAUUCCCUGGAAAAGGUCAAGUUGAUUCUGGAAAGACUUUUCACAGACCAAAGUAGACAGAAGAGUUAUGAGGAUCAGAAGGCUCGUAAUCUAGAGUUCAUGAUUGGUGAGCAGGUUUUGUUGAAGGUUUCACCCAUCAAGGGUGUAAUGAGGUCCGAAAAGAAAGGAAAGUUGAGCUCUAGGUUUAUUAGCCCAUUUGAGAUUAUUCAGCAUAUUCUUAAGUGGGAUUCGGUGCUAUUUGAUCAGAAUAUGACAUUUGAGGAAGAGCCAGUAGCAAGUUUUAGUAGGCAUGUUCAGAUGUUGAGAUCUAAGGAGAUGGCCUUAGUGAAAGUUCAUUGGAGACAUUAUUUGAUCGAGGAGGCUACUUAG